AUGGAUAGCUCGACGGAGGAGAUGAGCGCAAAGAACGAGCGCCCACCCUCAGAUGUCGUCGUCGAUAUCCCUCUCCCCUCUGCAGACGAGAAAUUGUCUGCUUUCUCUCUUGCUGCGACCCGAACUCCUCGGAUCAUGGCCACUCCCGAGCUCCCUGAAGUCAUUUCAAGGUGUCGGAAGAGAGUGAGAGACAUAUCGACUCAAUGUCGCAGAGAGAAUCGAUGCUUUCGGGACAUAGAGUUUGAUCUGGCGGUUGACAAGGAUAAAUGUCUGAACGGCCUGGACUUCAUCUACGGCCACAAUCCGACCGACACAAUGCGCGUCACAGAGAUCUUUGAACAUCCACAAUUCUACGUGAACGGUGCUGCGACCAGUGGUAUUGCCCAGGGUGUUCUGGGCGACUGCAGUUUCCUGAGCGAAUUGGCGGUCAUUGCGACUAUUGGAUUGGUCGAAGAGAUAUGCGUCGAGCGCGACGAGGAAGUCGGAAUUUAUGGCUUCAUCUUCUGGAAGAACUCGCAAUGGGUAGACGUGGUCGUCGAUGAGUACGACUCUCUUCGCUCUUGGCACACCGCAGAAUUGACUGUGACUUACCUCAGCUUGCUGUAUGUGAGAUAUCUGCACUGGUCAGAGCUCACCAAGAAGCAAAAGAAGAGCCAUCAUUACGAUGAGGAAUCAUACAAUAAGCAGUUUCAGCAUGGGGGCAAGGCACUGUACUUUGCCCGCUCGACAAUUGAAAAUGAGACAUGGGUGCCCCUCAUUGAGAAAGCAUACGCGAAGCUUCAUGGAGACUAUAGUGCCCUGGAAGCUUUCCCAUCCGGUGACGCUAUGGAAGAUUUGACGGGGGGCGUCUCCACCAUGAUGAAUACAAAGGAUAUCCUCGACAAAAACCUAUUCUGGACUUCCGAACUGAACAACCCCGAUGGGAAACGCGCUUUGGUCUGCUCUCUGCGGGGCCGCCUGGCUCCCGCAUCGGAAGAUCGCGGAGGUUCGAGUUCAAAGUCACCAGGUUCGACGCAGUCUCUUUUCCUCAGGGCUGUUCGGCCACUACUGCACCCUUUCGUCAAGGUUUGGGACGUGUUGGCGCAUAGGAGAGACGUCACAGGUAAUGGCCUGUCGACUAUGCAUGCGUAUUCUGUGAUUGGAACGGCAGAAUACGAGGGUAUGAAGUUCGUCAAACUUCGGAACCCUUGGGGAAAGACGGACUGGAAAGGGAAGUGGAGCGAGAAGAGCAAAGAGUGGGGCAAGAGUGGAUGGCCGUUGGCGGAGGUGAAGCGAGCGUUGGGUCAUAAGUUUGAGGAUAAUGGCGAAUUCGUUAUGACCUAUGACGAUUUCCUCCGGACUUGGGACUAUGUCUCUAGGUGCCGUUUUUUCGACGAGGAAUGGAUUCUCAGCCAAAUUUGGUUGAGCGUACCCUGCGGCAAAUUCCCGAAACCGGUCGAAUUCGGGGACGUCACAUUCACAUUCUCAUUGUCGCAAGCGAGUAAUGUAGUUGUUGUUCUAGCUCAGCUGGACAAACAAUAUUUUAGGGGUAUCGAUCCCUUCACGAGCUUCGGGCUCGAGUUCGUCAUCUAUAGGCGGAACGAAACCGAUGCUCUGGCAACUUCGCUACCCCACAGCUCCUGGUACCGCAGUGUCAAUGUCGAACUCAAUCUCGAUGCUGGCGAAUAUGUCGUUCAAGUCCGCAUUGACAGGCUGGCGACGCGAAAUCGGGACGAGCCUCUGCCCAACAACUUUCGCUUCGACGCCUUGAGAAAGUACGCCUAUAAACAAGCUGAAAUAUUGAAGAGCUCGUCCAUCGCUUCCAAUUUCGAUCCAUUGGCCUACGGCUCGAAAAUGCCUGUGCAAUCUGAGACGUUCCGUGGCCAGGAUCUAACUACUAUGGAGAUACAGAUGCAUCAAGAGCUCAAGAAGCGCGCUGCCGAAAGACAUGACGCGCACCCACCACCACAGUCGUUCCGUCCCAACCUCCAUGUUGAAACUCGCGAUAGAUCCACACAUGUUGAUGCAGAGACUCAGUGCGAACCACAAGUGACCCCAGAGCCGGUCCAAUUGGAGGGCUCUCUGGACCAUCGCGAGGAGGAGAUUCCACACGUCGAAGAUGCACCGCAGUAUUUAUCAAUUUCUCUCCAUUAUACUCCUGUCUAA